CCCUCUCUCUGCCUUCCGCAUCCACCCUUCCCUAUCGCACCAAAACGGAGCUCCCCUCUAUACCGAGAACAGAACAGACGAAGCAAACGAGGAGCGGACCACCGAGCGACCCCCCGCCUCCGCCCGCCCUCGCGCGAUCUGAUCCGCCCGCCAGCUGCUCGGCCCGGCCGAUCGGGGCAAUGCUGCGGGGAUCCGCCCUCCGCCGCCGCCGCUGCUGAUCGCGGUGAGGAUUUGAUUAGUACGAACAUUGGAUGAAGUUUGUACUGAUCUAUGGAAGUGGAUACUCUACAAGAUGCUCAGGAGACUAAGAAUGGAGGGAAUGACUUUAAAGAGAAUGGCAGUUUGGAUCCCGUGGUUUACCAGCUAGUUCGGGUUGAAGGUGAUGGAACGCUUGUUCCUCCUACGGAGGAUGAAGUCCUGCAGAUUGAACAGUUUCUUGAUGACAAGGUUGAUCUGCCUUCUAUUGAUGAUGUAGGAAAUGUGGAGGAUUUUUUUACUAAUGACUGCAUGCUUCUGAAGGAGCCUGACUUUGAAGAGGGGUAUUCCGAAUUAGAGACUAAUGGUGAAAUACAUACACAACAGUUUGAUGCUGACCUAGAGGUAGACAGGUUAAAACCGUCGGUUGACUCGCUUGAUAUUCCCUCGAAGUGUACAGUUGAUCAUGAUCACAAACCAGAUAAACUGAACACGGAACAAGGCGAUAACAACAUUGUUCACCAGGACAAUGCUUCCACCGAGACUCCAAAAUCAACAGUAUUAAAUGACUCUUGCAGUGCUGAAAAAGAAAAGACCGAUGCUUGUUCAAGAUCUGUAAAUAACUCAUCUACAGGACCAUCUAUCUCUGGAGUUACUAGUUCAGUUCCUGACUUCUCUAUUUUAAGAGGAGAAGUCUGUUUGGAUAAUCUUACAAUUAGAGAACUUCAGGAAGCAUUUAGAGCCACAUUUGGGCGCGAAACUACUGUCAAGGACAAGUUAUGGCUCAAAAGACGGAUUACCAUGGGAUUGACCAAUUCCUGCGAUGUUCAAAGUUCAGGCUGUGUAGUUAAAGAUUAUAAAAUAGUUUGCAAGGAUGCCAAACACGAGCUACCUACAAUUGAAGGAAUACCUAAGGCUGAGGUUGAAGCUACUUCUUUGGUUAGGUAUCAAGUAUUGGGUCCUGGAAAUGAGAGAGAUACACCAUCUUGUUCUUACUAUCGGAGUGAGGACCAGCAGCGAUCCUCCAAUAGGCUAAAAGGAGUAUCGACAGACAACGAUGAAUCAGAAGGAACUUUGCAGGAUGAACAAGGCGCCGCUAAGAGACUUCGAAAACCAACAAAAAGAUACAUCGAGGAGCUCUCAGAUACCGAGACACUUGACUCCACUGGGAAGCUUUCUUCACCAGGAAAAAGGGCUGCACAUGGUGAGGUGUUACUCAGACAACGGGUUACUCCUUUACAAGAAGUUGAUUCAUUGAGUAUAACUUAUCCUACCCGGAAGGAUACUUUUGGAGGAUUUAGUGUGCAUGUUCCUUAUGCGUCAAGAAUGAGAAGAGGGCGUCCUCGGAGAAACUUCAUUUCAUUCUUGGAUGACGAUCCUCCGGUGGAAUGUCCUGAGGUUCAGAUGGCAGUUGAGACGAUGUCGGGAAAAGAUGGUGAACAUGUGAAUCAUGUAAACAGUGCUGUGGAAGUUCCACUAAUGAAAAAUACUGAGAAGAAAGGAGGGCAUAUAGAAACAGCUGAGAAGAAAGGAGGGCAUAUAGAAACAGCUGAUAACAAGGAGAUUCAUUCCAUAGAAGCAGACGACAUUUGCAGAAGUGAUGCCAAGACGAAAACAAAGCGGGGUUUGAAGCGGAAGCAUCAUCGAGCAUGGACAUUGUCUGAGGUUCUGAAGCUGGUCGAUGGCGUGGCUCAGUUCGGGCCUGGCAAAUGGUCUGAGAUUAGAAGACUAUCCUUUGCCUCGUAUUCUUACCGCACCUCAGUGGAUCUCAAGGAUAAGUGGCGCAAUCUGAUCAGAGCCAGCCAGACACAGCUUUCGCCGGAAAAUGAUGUAAUAAUAACUCCUCCCAUUUCAACUUAUACGGAUGCUCAACUUUUUUUUUUCCAAUCAGCUCAGCUGUUCCCAUCCUGUCCUGUUUGCUCCUGGAUUACUGAUUACUCACUUUCUUCACUAUUCAAUGGUGCUGAGCAGGGUGUUUGUCCGCGGAAAAGCAACCCUUCAAUCAUACCAGUACCACCGGCCAUUUUGCUACGAGUGAAAGAGCUAGCUGAGCUUCAGCCGCAAGCCGGCAACCUGGCUGCGGCAAUCAAGUUCUCAGGGCAGAGCAGCAAGGUGGCACAGGGGAGAGAUGUAGAUCUGACAAAGUACCAAAUCUUUGGGAUGUCAAGAUACUUUUCUGAGAGAAAUGUGUCUGGAAUUGAUCCUAUCGAGCACUACAAAAAUAUUAUCUCUGAGUUGUUACUUGGAAAAGAAGGCACAUUCUCUACUGGAGUUAUAAAACAAACUGGAGUUGUUAUGGCCCAAUAUAACCGCAAAGCAGGUGAAGAUUCUCUUCCAUUAUUCAUGGAAGAAAUUAGGGGCCUUUCAAAAUGUGACAUGGAGAGAUUAAAGCAUGCUCUCCAUGAGGUUUUUACAAUCCUCAGUGAUGAAGUUGAUGAGAUAUUUGGUUACAUUUUCGCACUAUCUGAAUUUAGGUCUAAGAAGUUGCCAUCAAUCCAUGGAAGCGGAUCGUAUGAGGACGGUAUCGCCCCACCAAGUGUUAAAAAACAGAAAACUGUGACAGUUUCUACAAUCGAUGCUUAUGAAGAAUCGCAUGGUCAUAUUGAUUCAGAUAUCUUUGCACAGCUCACAAGAGAUAUCCGGCUGAUAGAAGAAAGUGGCAAAACACGUCAAGAGGCUGCAGAGAUGUUCUCCGAUGGGUUGCUGCGGAAGCUUGCUAAAAUGGAGCGAGGUGUUUAUAAUUUACUGGACACAGUGGCAUCCAAGUGCAGAUCUAUGACCACUCCUGAGAAGAUUGAACUUGGUAGGCGCAUCCGCAAACUCCCAGAGACGGCACUUGAUUACAUGGUGGAGGUCGUUAAAAUGAGGAGACCUGAAAUCUCGGUUUCUGAUAAAGUAUCAUUCAACUUAGGAAGACUGGAUGACACAACUUUGUGGAGACUGUACUACUAUGUGGAAACUGCGCUAAAAGCAAAACGAGAUCGGACGGUCACCCCUCCCUAGAUGUUCCAUGCACAGUAACUGCCGGUCCAUCUAAAAUAUACUAUGGUUAGUUUUAGUAUAAUCCAGUGUAGGUGGUGGUAGUGCUUUGCAGAAAGAAAUACAUUAGCUUCUUGCCGAUGCAACAUCUCUAUUUUACCUGUAUGAAGAUAGUCCUAGAAGCAGAGUAGCAUCAAAAGCGACAUCAUAACCGCUAUCUAGAGUUGCAGAAACUAGUGCACUGACCACUAUGGCACUGGUGACGAUUUUGUUUUUGCAUGCCAAAUCAAUCCUGGUCAGCUCCUGCGGAUGUUCCACUCCACUGUUAUGGGAUUCCGCCUUCUCAUUUUAUCAUAUUGCCUCUUGUUCAAUGUUUCUGCAAAAGUUUCAGCGAUGGAGGCCUUUCUGUCCGGGAAAGAUAUCGGGUCAACUUUGCGACACUGGUGACAAUUCCUUGCGUUUGGUCCUUCUCUGCCAGAUGAUCUGGAAGGCUCGGGAUAAAGAAUCGACGGGGAAAGCCUCCUAGAUUGUGUGAGUGGCCGGUGGUUGAGUGCUGCAUUGCGUCAAUCAAAUCUCGUUCGGUUUGUGUUUAAAUGUGAACAUUAAAGCUCUCGCCAUGUUGUUCCUUUAUUUUCCUCUUUGAAAAGGCAUGCGUGAUGUGCUUUGGUGUAAGAUAAUCGAAUAUAUUGAUGAGAGUAACAUAACAUCUUAAUGGUGUUGCUUUUGUACGUAGCA